UGCUGUGAUGUGCGGAGUGAGUGAGGGGUGUAAAACAUAAACAAUAAUGAAUCGGGUGUCGUAGCAUCCCCUCAGAGAGUGUGUGUGUGUAUAAAAAAGAAGAUAAGCCUGGCAUUAUGACUGACCAAAGUCUCAAGCUGGAUGGUCAGAAUCCAAAUUCUGAGAAGAAACCGCAAUCCAAGAAAGUGCCAGAACUACCGAUACUGGAAAAGAGGAACUGGUUAAUUCAUUUACACUAUGUUCGUAAAGACUAUGAGACUUGCAAGGCCAUCAUCAGAGAACAGUUGCGGGAGACUCAAGGCAUGUGUGAAUAUGCCAUUUAUGUUCAAGGUCUUAUCUUGCGACUAGAAGGGAAGAUUCAGGAGUCUCUGGAGUUGUUCCAGAGCUGUGCGAUCCUUAACCCAACAAGCUCCGACAACCUCAAACAAGUGGCCCGAUCACUUUUUCUCAUUGGAAAACACAAGGCUGCAAUAGAGGUUUACAAUGAAGCUGUGCGGCUCAAUCCAAAAGACUGGGAGAUCAGCCACAAUCUUGGUGUAUGCUACAUGUACACAAAAGACUUCAGAAAUGCAGAAGAACAGCUAAACAAGGCAUUGCUGUUAAGCAAACAUGACUUGACUUACAUGAUGCUGGGGAAAAUUGCCUUGCUUCAAGGCGAUACAACGAAGGCAAUUGAGGUGUACAGGUCUGCUAUUGAGUCAUCUCCUGAGAAUACAGAUUUUCUAGCCACACUUGGACUACUCUAUAUGCAGAAAGGGAAAUAUCAGAAAGCUUUUGAAUACCUUGGAAACGCCUUGACAUACGAUCCAAACCAUUACAAGGCUAUCCUUGCAGCUGGCAGCAUGAUGCAGACACAUGGGGAUUUUGAUGUGGCGAUGAAUAAAUAUCGUGUUGCCGCCUACUCCGUACCUGAGAGCCCCCCGCUGUGGAACAACAUUGGCAUGUGCUUCUUUGGAAAGAAAAAAUAUGUUGCCGCCAUAAGUUGUCUGAAGAGGGCAAACUAUUUGUCUCCGUUUGACUGGAAGAUCUUGUACAACCUGGGCCUGUUGCACCUGACCAUGCAGCAGUACGCCUCUGCCUUCCACUUCCUCAGUGCUGCAAUCAACCUGCAGCCCAAAAUGGGGGAACUCUACAUGCUGCUGGCAGUUGCAUUGACCAAUCUGGAUGAUGUGGAGAAUGCAACUCGCUCCUAUGAGCAGGCUAUACUUUUGGACAGGUCUAAUCCUUUGGUGAACCUGAACUUUGCAGUUCUGUUGUACAAUCAGGGAGACAAGAAAGAGGCUUUGCAACAGUACCAGGAGAUGGAGGAGAAGGUUCAUCUCCUAAACGAAAGUAAAAGUGCUGUGGAAUUUGAUGCAGAGAUGAUUGACAUGGCCCAGAGGCUGGGCUCAGCUCUGCAGUCAGGAGACAGCACCUUGUGGACGAGACACACCAAAGACGGCAAAGCCAGUCAGCAUUCGGCCUCCAGCCGGACCUCCAGCAGCCAGCAGCGUCUAGGCACCAACCAGGCGCUGGGCCAGGCCAUGUCCUCUGCUGCAGGAUAUAACAAGCUUAUCACCGGUUCGUCAUCCGCGGGAGCUGAGCCAAAAGAAGUCUCUGGGGCCGAAGACGCCACCAAUGAUGAUGAGGACGAGGACGAUGCAGAGAAGUAAAAGGAAGCAGUCCCACACAACAUUGGCAGCGUGGAGUUUAAGAUGGAAAAAUGUAGAACAUUUUAAAACCUAUUGACUCCCAGACAAGGAGUCGUUUUGGCUAGAUAUACUGUAGGUAUGUACUGUAUAGGCUACCACUCAAUUGUAUCUAAUGUAAAUGCUGAACUUAAACUUGUUUUUGGCUUUCUGUAAAACCAUAUUUUUAAUAAGCGGGUUUUUUUUGUUUUGUUUUUUUUGCUCAUGUCCAUGUAAAGCACUUCACUGAACACUCUAAUUAUGUUACUUUUCCCUAGAUCAGUGUAUUGAUAUUUGAACCUUUUAUUUAUUUUUCAGUACAUUACAUUCAAGAAUAAAACGGUUUAAAUGUGUUAGAAAGGACAUGAGUAGAAUGUAUCACAUAACGCGGUGAAAGCUACUGGUACCAUUCAGCCUUCAUAGUUACGACUAAAAAAAACCAACAAUAGUAUACUGUCUCUGUGAUUUCAUAUUGUCCCUUGCCAGGUGUUCAUUUUGUAUCAGGGCAGUCUGCAGAAAUUCAAUACAGUUUUUUAACCACUUGAGAGUGCUGUUUUGCAAAGGAAAUAAUGUUGCAUAUUGACACCAAAGAUGCAAAGAUGAAAACACUGUAUUUGAAUGACAGUUGAAAGGAAUAAAAAUAAACAACUUUAUUAUUGAA